CCGAAUCUAGGGCUCUUUGGGGCGGAAGCUCUGCCGCGAUCUAGAGGUCCCGAGCUCUUGCGUCUCGAUUCGCUCCCAUUCUCGAUCGAUCUCCGCGAAAUAUUGCCCGGCGAGCGAGAUUUCGAGGCGAUUGAUCGAUCUUUGCCUAUGUCGGUUACGGUGAAACAGGACAAGCGGCCAGUCUUGUCCGAUAUGAGAGAUUUUUCUUUCUUGUGACUUGUGGUAGAUCCAUCGCUGCGCUGUUCUUCCGAGAUCCAGAGAGGCCAAGAAUCGCGCUCGGCAAAAUUGGAGGGAAAAUCGGCUGUAUUUUGCUAUUUUGUUCUUGAGAUUAGGUUUGAGAGCUUAGGUCAGUGUGACCUAGAAGACUUCCACGAACAGGCGACGCGCGCAGGGAUCCAGACGCCGGAUCUAUCGCCCGGGGAACAGAGAUCUAGGAAAGACGCAUCGCAAUCUCCUUCUCGGUAGGCAUUUCUCCCGGAAAUCUGCGAGGCGGCAGCUGCUGCUGCUAGCAAUUCCCUCUCGGCCGGAGGAGCGGCGAUGGAUUUCGAGCACGAUGUGGAGGUGGAGGCGAUGGAGAAGAGCGACGAUUUCGUGAUUACAAUCCCGGAGGGCGAUGGUAGUUACGAUGAACAGGAGGUAGAUGUAGAGCAGGACAUAGGUCUCGCGGAGGUUUUGGAAUCACCAGGCGCUGGUGCUGUAGAUAGCGAGAAGGCUGCGAGUUCGGUGAAGGGUUUUGACGACGAGAAGAAGGUGAAAACUUCGAAUUCCACGACACAGUGCAACAUUGUUCCCUCGGUCGAGGAGGGCGGAGGCUCCAAUGCGUCCAAGGGUGUGGGAAAAGCAUAUAGGAAGAGGUCCGACUCUGCGGAGGCCAAGAGGAAAGAGUCCGAGGUAACUGGGCAUCGCGGUGAUAAGUCGGCGAAGAGCUUCAAGUCGGAUGACGCUGGGAACAAGGAGCGAGGAUUUCAUCUUAGCGAUGUUUUCAAGGGAAGCGAGAAUUUGGCGAAAGGUUUCCAGGCCAGCGACCGGUUGCAUUCACUCAAAGUUCCUCAGGCUGUUGUGGCUUUUGCUCAGGCUGCCGCAAAAGUUAAUGAGAUUCCUGGGUGGCCAUUGUUGCCGAAGCCGCAGAUGAAGAAGUGUGAGAAGUGCUCCCGCGAGUUCUGUUCCACGCUGAAUUAUCGCAGGCACAUACGAUCACAUCGUCGUUCGCUGAUUGAUGAUAAGGAUUUGCGGCAUGAAAGGUCACAGUUAGCUGCGUAUUGGGAUAAGCUUACAGCUGAAGAAUCCAGUGAAGUCAUUUCAUUCAAAAAUAUGGGAAUUGAGAAUCUGUCUGGAACGUCAGCCUUUCAAGCCUUAGCAUCGUUUGUUCAACACCCUGGCCUGCAGCCUUAUCCUCCUGCCUACAUGAAGGCAGGGACAGUCCUUCUCGAACUUGUACAGAACAAAACUUCUUUAUUUCCAAUACCGUCGGAAAAGCUUCUUAAAACACUCGAUGAUGCAAGCGAAGGGACGUUCUUGUGCGGAGGGACGUCAAUAGCUGUUCAGCGUUUUGUAUAUCACGGCGAUGCGGAAAAAAUUGGACUCGAAGAUAAAAAUGUGGUGGCUUCUAUGAGUUUUCUCGUCGAACAGAAACUGCUGAAAGCGUGGAUGGCGGAAAAGAACGUCGAAGCGUUGCGCUGCGAGAAAGCUCUUGUUGAAGAGGAGGAAGCCGCCCAGCGCAAGCGAGCUAAAGAUCUGGAAAGAAAACGUCAGAAGAGAAACAAGCAGAAGGGGCGCAAGGGAGUGGAUCAGCCUCCAAAUGCUGACAUUGAUCUGGGCGAUGAAGAGGUGAAUACUCCAAGAACGGGUGACGACGAGGAUUAUCCGUUUGCGGUGGAUAAUGGGGAGGGGCCUGUCACCGAAGUCACAGAUGAGAAUGGCUUUCUUGUUCUGCUGAGGGACAACCAAGCGGCUACUUGGGAAACUUCUUCUGAAGAGAAGACGGUGAUGGAGAACAGUAUAGAAAUGGUACAUGAGGAGGAUCAAGGUCAGGUCGAAACGGCAUUGAAAGACCACAACUUUGUGGAUCAAAAUAUCGGGAGAGUCAUCAAGGAUCGAAGACGCACAAACUUUUCCUCUUCUGCAACUUAUCGGACGGGUGAUAGCUCAUAUCAAGCUUAUUUCCGGCCGAGAAGAACGCAGCACUCGACAAGAAUUGAUCCAUACCAGCAGCACUAUCGCAAGAAACUUGCUGGGGUGUACAGAGGUAUUGUGAAGGGAUCCAAUGGUCGUGUCGUCUGGACGAGGAAAGCCAGCCAACCAAGCAGAACAAAAGAUGAUGACCAGGAAAUAAGUGUUCCCGUGGGUUCGGCGGAAGCUGAGAGUGGCCAUACUUUGCUGGUUGGAUCAUUAAGUGUGCCGCUGGAGGGGCACGUACGACGUCCGUGCUCUUUAUCGGAGGAGAGCAAUCUGAUGAACAAGUCUUCGACUCCCGAAAGCUUGGAAGGCAGACAGGCAAGCUGGGCCAAGCCAACGCCACCUCUAAAGGUUUGGAAGCCCGUCGGCAAAGUUGGAGAUCAAAGUGGUGCGGAAAACACUCGGAGCAUGGUCGAGGACGAUGGAACUUUUCCGCCCAAGCUUAGUGCGGUGGCUCUAAGACCAGCGGUGGACAGUGACAAUGCGGAAGACGGUGCUGCAAUGGACACAAAGCCGUGCCUUGUGGAUCUGCAUGCGACGUCGCCAUCCUUCUCUUCCAAGCUGCUGGCAAGCUUUCUCUCUGAAAGAUGGGCCACGGCUGUGGAGCGGAGAAACACCGACGCAAACUUUAAGCACGACAGAACCGGCAAGCGAAGUAAAAACACGAAGGUGUGGCCUAUCAACAACGACCAGAACUUGGACACCGAAGCUCCAAAGCUGUCACCGAAAGGCUCUCCGAGCGGGGUUUUGGACGAAGCUGCAAAGGCAAAUGAAGUUUUGGACAACAGGCCCAGGAACUUCGUAGGGAACUCUUGUGGCAAGGCCGUGGGACGCUGGCAGCGGAAUUCGAAAGACAAACCGGGCGAGCAGAGGUACAUGCCGCGUCAAAUCUCCUUGGCCUAGCAGUGAAGAAGCUCUCCAAGAUCACUUUCGAGUCUAUACUCCACAGUUUCCAGGUGUGAGAGACUAUGAGCUCUAGCUCAUAGUUCGCGUUCUUUGUUCGGAGAUGAUUUCUAUACGGUUUUGAUUCUUUUGUUUUCCAUUUUCUAUAUGUUCUGCCGACAGUUUUGGUUCUUUUGUAAAGUUACAAAAAUUGAAAAUAGAUCUAAUUAAUAAGUG